AUGUACACCUGUCCCGAGUGUCAUAAGACGUUUAAGUGGAUGAGCGGCUUCAAGCAACACAUGCUCACCCACACCAAUGAGAAAACCUACACGUGCGAUGAGUGCGACUUCAAAACCCGCGACUACAUUGAGUUUGUCAUGCACCAGCGGAUCCACACUUGGGACGGAGGGUACGCUGCCUUUGUAACACAGGGUAGACAUAUUGACAAACUUAUAUACAUCAUACAUGUAGGGUACGGCGUGGACGAGCGCGACUCGGAGCUGACGGGCUCGUCGAAGCGGGCGAGCAAGGUGCCGAAGGGGCUGCUGCCCGAGACGCCUGCGCACUGCGCGGGCACGCGCGGUCCGGCGCGCUGCGACGAGUGCGGCGCGUGCUUCGUGAGCACGGCGGCGCUCAUCAGGCACAUCAACGCGGCGCACGGCUUCCAGCGCGACGCGGGCGACCGGAGCGGGGCCAGCUCUUCCAAGCGGAAGCGCUAG